CUUCAAUCUCAGCACCUCCAAGGGUCAGCACCUCCCCUCCGGCUCCCUCCGCUACCGCGGGCCGGAACUUUUGUCGAUAGGAACGGGUUUGCACAGUUGAGUGUUGUCGGCCGGCGUGAAGGAGACUAGGGGGCCAUCGUCUUCCUUUCGCCGUCGCCGCCGCGGAGCGGAGUCGAGCCGAGCUGAUUUGAUCGAGGAGCGCGGUUACCGGACGGGCUGGGUCUAUGGUCGCUCCGCGGGCCGCUCCGCCGGCUGGUGCUUUUUUAUCAGGGCAAGCUGUGUUCCAUGGCAGGGAACUUUUGGCAGAGCUCCCACUAUUUGCAAUGGAUUUUGGAUAAACAAGAUCUGUUGAAGGAGCGCCAAAAAGAUUUAAAGUUUCUCUCAGAGGAAGAAUAUUGGAAGUUACAAAUAUUUUUUACAAAUGUUAUCCAAGCAUUAGGUGAACAUCUUAAAUUAAGACAACAAGUUAUUGCCACAGCUACGGUAUAUUUCAAGAGAUUCUAUGCCAGGUAUUCUCUGAAAAGUAUAGAUCCUGUAUUAAUGGCUCCUACAUGUGUGUUUUUGGCAUCCAAAGUAGAGGAAUUUGGAGUAGUUUCAAAUACAAGAUUGAUUGCUGCUGCUACUUCUGUAUUAAAAACUAGAUUUUCAUAUGCCUUUCCAAAGGAAUUUCCUUAUAGGAUGAAUCAUAUAUUAGAAUGUGAAUUCUAUCUGUUAGAACUAAUGGAUUGUUGCUUGAUAGUGUAUCAUCCUUAUAGACCUUUGCUCCAGUAUGUGCAGGACAUGGGCCAAGAAGACAUGUUGCUUCCCCUUGCAUGGAGGAUAGUGAAUGAUACCUACAGAACGGAUCUUUGCCUACUGUAUCCUCCUUUCAUGAUAGCUUUAGCUUGCCUACAUGUAGCCUGUGUUGUACAGCAGAAAGAUGCCAGGCAAUGGUUUGCUGAGCUUUCUGUGGAUAUGGAAAAGAUUUUGGAAAUAAUCAGGGUUAUUUUAAAACUAUAUGAGCAGUGGAAGAAUUUCGAUGAGAGAAAAGAGAUGGCAACCAUUCUUAGUAAGAUGCCAAAACCAAAACCACCUCCAAACAGAAAUUCCCUGAGUGAUUCUCCACUAGUGGCAGGGCCUGAAGCUGCAAGAUGAUGGUGGACAAGAUAAGGCAAUAAUCCUAUUGCCAAAGUUACUGGUAUUUUCAGUUUUAGUUAUUUUUAAGUAUUCAGCAUUUUUAUUUUAAGUAUUCAGCAUUUUCCAGGAAAUUACCAUAUUUCUUGCUGACUUAUAAAGGUUUGCUGUAUUUAUAUAUGAUUUUAUUAUGCCUUUGGACAACAGUUUUGGUUUUGUUUUUUUUUUGAAGAACACUUCUUGUUUUUCAUAAAUAGUAGGAAUAGGAUUUUAUAUGUAAGAUUUAAUUUUAUAGGAAAUUUGUUUAGAAGAAGCUGUAAUCUCUAUGUUGAGUGAUACCUGUAAUAACAAUGAAAUCCCAUACCCUAAUUUAAAGUUUUUGAGUAUAUAUGGACACUAACUUCCAGAAUGCUUGUUAUAUGUGAGGGCACAAAGUUAUAUAAGAAUAAAAACAUAAAACCAAAUGUUAGUCUUCUGGAUUUUAAUUUUUCACGUGUCUUAUAAUGAGGAAUGUCUUUGUUUUGUAUAGUUGUGCGACAGAAUAAUGAAUUUAAAAGUCAGUAGGCUUAUCAGGGUGUAAAAAUGGAUCUUUUAAUUGGUAUAAAAUCUCUUUCUUCCCCAUUUGAACAGUGAAGGAGAGCAGGGUCCAAAUGGAAGUCAGAACUCUAGCUACAGCCAAUCUUAAAACAUUCCGAAGAAUUCCAUAGUGGACCACUUGGAAAUAAACCAUUGGACAGAUUUCAGUAAUGUCUUCAGUGGAACACAAAUGAAAAUGAAUAGCUUGUUUCUGUCAAGCAUAUUGGAAAGUGAUUUUAUUUUUGCAAAAUAAGUUUUUCUUUAUCUAAUAUGAUUCUAGUACAUAAUUGAUUAAAAUCUCUUGAUUAUAAAUGUUUGGAAAGGUUCUAAGGGGACCUACAGACAGACAUACAUAGACAUUUCAAAAUUAAUAGCUUUUGAUUAGUAUAAUAUUUCUUAAUUUGGAUAAUAAAAAUUGUAGCUUUUUAUUAAGCCAGGAAACAUGAAGCAUAAUUUGUUUAAAAUUCUCUUUGGUCAUUGAGGGACCAAAAAAGGACGUAAAAUUUACAGUCAAUCUAUGAGGGUUUUUUUCCCUCCAUAAGUUUAACUUUAAAACUGUAUUUAAGGAAUCAAAUCUUACAAAAUCCUGGAAGAUUUUGGUAAUGAUGUUGAUAAUUUCAGGGAAAUUAAUCAAGUACCUAUAUUGAUUUAAAAGUGUAUUUUAUUCAGUAGUUUGAGGAUCUUGCCAUGGAAGAUACUAGCCCAGCCUAGCAGAAAAGUGCAAUAUGUAUAGCAUACUUUGACAUUUUAAACAUGAUAGUCCAUAACCAUUUUGAAAUGCUGGGCAAACUACAUGAAGUUAUUUAUAACUAAUUCACAGCUAAUCAGGCAUUUUGAAAGCUUAAUUGGAUUCAAAAACCAUAAUGUUGGAAUUUGGUAAAAUUUUAAUGUUGAUUUUUACUGUGAAAAGGUUUUUAUAAGAUAUACACACCCUAGUUUAAUGUUGUGUCUUGGUGUGAAUUUACAGAUUUACUACAGGUAUUCUGAACCAGGAACACAAUCAGGUUUCAGGCCAGUUUGAUACUGGCUGUCCUUAAUUCUAAUAUGAGAGUAGGACAUCAUACUAAAUGUUAUGUCAGUGGGACUGUACUGUCUGUGGAACUUAGCAAAUUAAUCAUUUUCUUCAGACUUGAAGGAGAGUGAUAAAUAAAAUUUGGAGUCAUAGGUUAUUGAUGCACAAUUUAAGGAUUAAACAUUUUUAAUCAAUUGUGGAUGAUGGCUUAUUAAAUUAAAUGUUGACUUCCUAGUAUAAAACUGCAAGAAUAAAAGUAACUUCUCCAGCUGUA